AUGUCCAGAGCACCUCCAUCCACUCAUUGUGACUUCGAACUAGAGGCCAUUGCCAACUUUGAAAAGGCCCAUUGGAAAAACAAAAUCGUCGAUUUUGCACUUCCCGAUGGCAACGAUAUAUCCGAGCACCACCUCCUUGCGGGAGAUCAUUUUUUAUGCGGUGAAGAGAUUUCGAUUAGUGCAAAAUACGUCGCUCAUGCGUUGAAUCCAAUGUCAGCUGUUGGAAAAGAGCAAGGGCUUAAUGGCAUCUUCGGAGACUGGAAAGCAACAAACAGGCAGGCAACUACUUUUCCGUCCACCCAAAAUAAAAUAUCAGCUGAAGAAGUCGACGCCGCGAAGGGGAAGGGAAAAGGGAAAGCAAAAGCAAAACCCGAGGAGCCGACCGACGAUAACGACACUGAUGGUCGGAAAAGAACUCGUCUCAUCCCUGACUAUGCCUAUAUGGAGGAGAAGACGGGUAUUCCUUGGUUCAUCGGAGAGAUCAAGACCCCUUGGAAGCACGCAUUCGCUCCCCCGUUCAACAAUCUUAAGCUUGCGCUGCAAACUGGCGCGACUGAAGAUGAAAUGAGUAUGAGGCACAUCCUUGGCCAAGUCGGAAACUACAUGAUUGAGCUCGAGUUGAAAUGGGGGUUUCUGACCAACUACACGCAUACUUUGUUCUUGAAACGAGAUGUACAAAACAACCAGGAAGUGAUGUACUGCUCUCCGCCCAUCCCUUUCGAUAGAACUCCAUCCCCGUCCGGAUGCACUGUUCGCCAGGGUCUAUUCCUCCUGCAGUCUAAGGUAGAGGCGGGCGGUGAAAAGCCAUGGUUUGCCAAAAAGUUGACGGAGACCAGUAUCAUUAAAAAGGAAGUCAAAGAAAGUUUGCAAAGUGUUAAAAGCAGAGCCGUAGACAGCCUUCAUAAGCUCCCGCUGCGCUCCGUUGAUUUUGUUGAACCCGAGAGCUUUCGAUCAACUCGAAGUAAGACCAAAGCCGCUGCCGCCACCGUGGACAAGGGGAAGGCGAAAAAGCGCUAA